AUGGACUCCUUCCAUGAUGAGGAUAAUAACCCUUUUUCAGGCAGCGACCACUUGUUUGCCAGUGGAAUUGCAGGAGAUAACAACUUCGCUUUGCCUCCAGAGUUGCAGUCGUCAUCAAUUAUCUUUGGUGGUGAUGAGCAUUCUACUACAAAUGAACCUGAGGAUGAAGAGAUAAGUGAUGUGUCGGAUGAUUACCAACGUGUUUCCCAAUAUUACAAUUCAGCAAAUAGUCAGAAUGUUCGCACAGGGACCUUGCUCGAUCAUGACCACAUAACGAUAACGGAUGCAGGCCAUAUAAGAGACAUGAAAGGUAAUAAGGUCAUUGCAUACACAAUUAGAUAUAAUCAAAUUGAACUGAAAAGAAGGUAUUCUGAGUUUGAUAGUUUUAGAGCUUCGUUGGUAAAGUUAUUUCCAACAUUUAUUAUUCCCCCAAUCCCUGAAAAGCAUUCAGUUGUUAAAUAUUUCCUGAACCCAAUUAACGCUAAGAAUGACCUGAAAAUAAUAGAAAAGAGAAAAAGAAUGUUGGCUUCAUUUCUUAAUGGUUGUUUACAUAUACCCAAUAUCAAGGAUUCAAUAGUGUGGAAUAAAUUUCUAGAUCCAACAGUAUCAUGGAUAGAGGUUUUAAAUUCACCACCUAUAUCACUUUUACCAUCUUCAAGUCUAUUAGCACCACCUUUAAACCCAACAAAACCAAGCCCAUUGCAUUUAUUAUUACCAAUACCUCAAUCUGGAACAAUUAAUAACUUUAGACCAAGAGAAGAAGAUAAGGAAACCUCCAAGGAAUUUAAAGAGUAUGAACAAAUUUUCAAAGUCUACAAAUCUUACACAUCGCCAUUGGCUAAGAGCAUGAAGAAGCAGAAGCGUCAUUUCAAAGGAUUGGUGAAAGAUCUUGGUGAAUUGGGUGCUUAUUAUAAUGCAUUCAGUCUUGAAGGUAAUUUUAAUCUGGCCACUGGUAUUGAAAAAACUGGUCAAGCAAUUGAUAUAAACUUCAUAAAUUCAGAAGCAUUCGCAUUUAAAAUCCUGACAACUUUAGAAGAACCAAUAGUGGAAAUUAAUCAAUUUUCCAAUGAAACAUUAAACGUGAUAAACUUUAGAAAAUUGAAAGAAGUUCAGCUUUUCAUAAUAGAUACAACUAUCAAAAGAAGAAAUCAAAGAAUAGAAUCUUUGAAAAAUGCUCAAGAACAAGCAAACAGACUAGAGGAAGUCUUGAAAAGAAAUGCAGAGCAGUCACCAACCAUAGCUGCUGCUGUUAAAAGGCUAGAAGAAGGUCAAUCUGUUCAAAAAGUUUCUCCAUGGACAAGACUGUUUGCUGGGAAGUCUAACACGAAUGAUGUUUCAAUGAUGAAUGAGGAGCAAAGAAUGAUUGAAGUUGAUAAGAUUGAGAAAGAAAUUGUUAAGCUUAAUGAAUGUUUAAAAGUUGUUCUGAAAGAUUUGGAUCAAGUCAAUGAGUCGAUUAAAAGAAAUUUACACUCUGUCAUGGCACUAUAUAGUGAGAAAUGGAAAGAAUUGAUGCUUAAUUAUAGUGAAAGCUUAUUAAUAUGGCUUCAUGAGAACCUCAAAGCAUGGGAGGAUGCAAAAGCUGAAAUUGACAAGAUUGAAGUGACUCAACCAGACUUUCAAAGUGAUGAUAGAAUUCCAGAACAUCUCAAGAGGAGGUGA